UCUAACAGUGUCACUGUCAAACAAUCAAAUGGUAUUGUGUAACUUCUUUUCGAAAAAGUUGUGCUAAUCAUACAAUAAUAAUGUCGUUACUUACUUACAAAUACUACGAUACGCCGGAGGGUGAAGAUAUUUAUAAAAAAGUAUUUGUAACAGGCAAAUAUGCUACCUUGACGGGUCUUGCUGUGGCUUCGUUCGAUGUUCUUAUGUUCUCUCAUCCAAAAGGUAUCCUGAACACUACAGGGCGAUACAUGUUUUACCUUGGCCCUUUGGUCGGUAUGGCCACGGCAUUUACAGUUACAGCAAACGUUGCUCAAAAAAUUAGAGGGAAAAACGAUGGCGUUAAUUACUUCUUGGGAGGAGCAGCGGCGGGUUCAAUUUUGAGCGCUUGGACAAGAUCUCUGACUAUUGCUUUGCCAGCGGCUUGUGUACUGGGAGCUGCCGCCCUUGUAAAGAAGGCUGCUGUUGAUGGUGGCUGGGUUCUUAUGCCCAGUAUACCUCCUAGUGCUACGAAAACAAUUCAAUCGGUCAGACACGACUGGACAAUGGUUAACGAUAUAGAUACGCUUAAGACAUGGACCACAGGUAACAAGUGAGGAGGUGGAAACUAGAACUUCCAACUACCAGUAGUGUGUACAUACAAUCAAUGCUGUAAAAGUGAUGUUAAAUUAUAUGCUUUAAA